AUGACAACAGCAGAAUUGCUUCGUUCACGAGCUGGGCCGUCAGCGAGUGCUAGACAGCCCAGUACUCGAGGGGGCGGGGCUCAGACUAGCCCGCGGAAAGGGUUGAAGGCGUCUGAAGAACCGGAACAACCGAUGGUGCAAGUUCACUAUCCAGAACCGUUGGAGCACAGCGCUGCUGCGACGAGCAAUCACGUAUUCUAUUGUUGGAUUGUAGUUGAAUCGAUCAUGAUGUGGUACCUAAUGUGGUACCUACUUACAUCAGAAUCAAGGAAAGAUCAUGUGCGUAUGAAUAUGGUCGUAGGUAGUUGUCGGGGAAAGUCCCUGUGGUCCCUCUGAGAACUAUAAUCAGCAUCUAUCUCUCUCAAGAAAGUCUCUGAAAAACCUGAUCACAGGAACAUUCUCGACCGAGUGCACAGCUUCAUGGAACGCCACAUAUCACGAGUCAUGCGAGUAUUGGGACAGGCAUAGAAGCACAUCGUCACUCGGUGCUCCAGACUCAGUUUCAUCAAGGAACGCAUGUUGGACAAGCUUCGAAGCCAGAAGUGCUACAACCUGUUGUUCCAGCCAGUCAGCAUUUGCAGGGAG